AUGUCGGCUCUCCGUGCUUCUGGCGCGGCCGGACCUGCUCUGGCCCGCACCGCUCGAGCCGCCCUGACCACGAGACACUUCGCAACCGCUCUCUAUAAACCCAAGAACCAGGAGCCUGCUGCUCCUGUUGUCAAAACCAGCAUCCCCGGCCCCAAGGCCGCCAAAGCCAUCAAGGAGCUUGACCGGGUUUUCGAGACUCGCAGUAUCAACAUGAUGAUUGACUAUCCCCAGAGCGCGGGCAACUACAUUGCCGACCCUGAUGGCAAUGUUCUUCUAGACGUUUACGCGCAAAUCGCCUCGAUCCCGGUUGGCUACAACAACCUCAGGCUCCGCAGAGUUGCGCGAUCACCCGAAAUGAUUAACGCUCUAGUCAACCGUCCCGCUCUGGGCAACUUUCCUUCCACCACCUGGGCCAAUCUUCUCAAGACUGGCGUUCUCAAGGUGGCUCCCAAGGGCCUCAACAACGUCUACACCGCCAUGGCUGGUUCCGAUGCCAAUGAAAUCGCCUACAAGGCUGCCUUUAUGUACAAGAGGCAGCAGGAGCGAGGCGGUCCGGAUGUCGACUUCACCCCGCACGAGAUGGAGAGCGCCAUGAACAACCAGGCCCCCGGUGCCGCUCAGCUGUCCAUCCUGUCCUUCAAGUCCAGCUUCCACGGGCGCCUGUUUGGCUGUCUGUCCACCACCCGCUCCAAGCCCAUCCACAAGCUUGAUAUCCCAGCCUUUGACUGGCCGCAAGCGACCUUUCCCCAGCUCAAGUAUCCUCUGGAUCAGCACGCCGAGGAAAACGCAAAGGCAGAGCAGGCCAGCCUGGACGAAGUCGAGCACCUCAUCAAGACGUGGCACCUGCCUCCUGCCGCAGUCGUUGUCGAGCCUAUACAGAGCGAGGGCGGCGACAACCACGCCAGCCCCGCCUUCUUCCAGAAGCUGCGCGCCCUCACCCUCAAGCACAACAUUCUCCUCAUCGUCGACGAGGUGCAGACCGGCGUCGGCGCCACCGGAAAGUUCUGGGCUCACGAGCAUUGGAACCUCCAGGACCCUCCCGACAUGGUCACCUUCUCCAAGAAGGCUCAGGCCGCCGGCUACUACUACCGAUCCAAGGACUUGCGGCCCAACAAGCCGUACCGUCAGUUCAACACCUGGAUGGGUGACCCGUCCAAGGCGCUGCUUUUCCGCGCAAUCAUUAACGAAAUCGAGAGGCUCGACCUUGUGAACCAGACCGCCAAGGUUGGCGACUACCUGUUUGGGAAGCUCGAGGGCCUCGCCGCCAAGUAUCCCGAACACUUCCAGAACCUCCGCGGCAAGGGACAAGGAACCUUUAUCGCCUUUGACAACCCCAGGCGUGAUGAGUUCCUCGUCAAGGCCAAGGAAUUCGGAGUCAACAUUGGUGGCAGCGGCGCCAGUGCCGUGCGCCUCAGGCCAAUGUUGACCUUUCAAGAGCACCAUGCAGACAUUUUGAUUGGCGCUCUCGAAGAGGUUGUCAAGGCGUUGUAA